AUGGACUGUUGCGCAUACGGUUCGGUGCGCCUCCUGUUCCCUGGAUAUUUACGCAUCGCGCUGCUGUGCCUGCUGCAACUAGAAGCGUUCGCGCAACAUGCUGCCCAGAGUUCACCUCUCUCAGCGCCAGAGUGUUCCCCAGAAGGCCAUCAGACUUUGCAUAAUCCCUACCGGAGCGUCGACUUCGACUCCACAGAGAUCCAGAACACUGCCAUCCAGGAUCUGAUCUGUGACCACUCGAUGUCGCCGGGCUGGUACAGAUUCAGGAUCAACAACAAGCCGGCGGAGAUGCCGACCACCUGUGUUGAGAUGAACCGCUGUGGCACACAGGCUCCGGUGUGGCUGUCGCUGAAGGACGCCUCCCUGCCGCGGCCCGGCGAGGUGCGCCAGCUCUCCGCCUGUGCCACCUGGCAGUUCUUCCACGGCAGCGCCAAAGACUGCUGCCUCUUCCGCAUCCCCAUCUCGGUGCGGAACUGCGGCGACUUCCUGCUCUACUACCUGCAGCCCACGCAGGGGUGCAUGGGAUACUGCGCUAAAGUUGCUCCUGAUUUGGCACCAAGACUUUGCCCACCAGGUGAGCUGGAAGUCAACGGCCGAUGCAAAGUUGCCGUCCCGUCCCUGCCCUCCCGGCCGGUGAUCACACCGGAGCUGAUCGGCCACAGCGUCCACCUCAGGUGCUCCUUCAUCCCGCCGCCGUGGAGCCAGACGCUGGGCUUCCAGGUGGUUUGGGCCAGACACAUCGGCCACAGCAUGAAGGCUGAGAUCAGGCAGGAAUCCACGCUAAAGCCCUUCUCUCUGGUGGAGAUGGAUGGCGUUCACUUCAGGCUAGGAGAAACGUUCUCCUGCAGCGUGGCCACUGUCAGAGCCAACUCCAGCACCAACAGAUCUCCCCCAAAGGAAAGUGAGAGUUUCUAUGCUGGACUGAAGUUCUCUCCAGACUCGCUCCACAUAGCGGAGAACAGGAAGGAGCAUGAGGUGACCGUGCACAGCACCGUGCCCAUCCCCUGCUUCACCCCCGACAGCGGCCACCAGUGUGGAGUCCCUUUGGCUCUGAGCGUCCACGACCCAGACAGUCUCGGACACGAGGCCUCCAAUGUGGCGCUGUCCGCCUGCCAGGUGGAGCUCCAGCCUAACGCCUGCAGCGAAGGCAGCUGCGGUCGGGCGACGUUUUUUGUCACCGCUGUCACUGAUUUCACACGAGAUGGGAACCGUCCGAGUCUGGUCGGUGCUCUGCCCGCACCCAGCGCACCACGACUCUGGAGGAGCUACGUCCCAGUGUCCCUGAAAGUCACGGUCCAGGACGUUCCUACUUCCAUCUGCUACUCUCUGACUGACCCGCAUGUCAUUACACUGGAUGGCAGGCGUUAUGAAAACCACCAGACUGGCACCUUUGUCCUCUACCGGAGCCUCGUCAGGGAGUUCGAGGUGCAUUCUCGCCAGUGGGACUGUGGCAGCCGACACUAUGCUGUCGCUUGUAACUGCGGCGUUGCAGUGCGAGAGGGGAAUGAGGUUGCCGUCUUUGACAUGUGCAAUGGUCAGCCGCAGGAGACCAGGCCACAACUCACCCUGAAGAACGUCGGUGACGAGGAGGGCACUCGGGUCAGGGUCCUGGAGUCCCACCAGGGGAAGAAGGUCACCUUGCUCUUUCCCUCCGGAGCCUUUGUUAGGGCCGAUGUUGGUGACUGGGGGAUGAGCCUGUCCGUUCGGGCGCCCAGCGUUGACUACAGCAAUACACAAGGCCUCUGCGGCACCUUCGACCGCAAUGGCAACAAUGACUUCCACAGCUCUGAUGGUCUCUCCUAUGGCCCAGAUGACCUGCAUCGCUUCAUAGAGGACUGGAGGAUAGCUCCAGGUGAGAGUUUAUUUGACAGGACACCCCAUGGGACGGCACAGGAGUUCAGGAGGCCGUUCUGUCAGUGCCAGCAGGGAUACAGCACUUCUCAUCACGCUAGCAGAGGGAUGAGGAACCUCUACAAUCCUUCCGCUCACUCCGCCUGCAUAUCUUACAAUAAUGUGGAUUACACAUCUGUGUUCCCGUCCAUGGACACCACAGUGGAAUACAUCAAGAGUCCAGAAAGAGAGGAAAGCAUCCUGGAUACGUCUGCCUUUAACAGUCAUCCUCUGGAGAGGAGGCACAUUGGGUUUCACCGUGAGGACAAUCCAAAAAGUGAUGGUGAUCUUGAGUUAGACGGUGAGUUCAAGGAGGAUCAUCUGCUUUCCGUCGACAGGCAGAGGAGACAGGCGUCAUUUGAAUUCCGGCCUGUCUUUGCUACUCAAAGCUUCACUCAGGCUGAUCUGGAGAAUUUCGCUUACUUUUUCCCUGAGGAUCACCUGGCAGAGGCCCGACCGGAGGUGCGACCCCAGUGGCCCACGCCAAGCGGCCUAACCUCGGCCAAAGCUCUGGAGGUGUGCCAGAUGGCUUUGGCCAACUCCACCGUCGGCGCAGUGUGCCGGGGGCUACUGGGACGCCGUCUGGACGAGGCAGUGGAUCUCUGCAUCCUGGACCUGCAGCUCAAAGACGAUUUGGGCUGGGACGAGGCUCUGCUGCCAUACCUGGAGAAUGAGUGCGAGAGACGGUUGCUGGAGAACCGGACCCAGAGAGCUUUGGAGGUGGCAGGUCCUCCAGGAGCGUCCGGGGAGGUGAUGAUGGCUCUGCGCUGCCCAAACUUCUGCAAUGGAAAUGGGGAGUGUACGGAAUGGGGCUGCCAGUGUUACCCCGGCCACAGCUUCUACGACUGCAGCCUGGCCAUCAGCCAGCCAGUGGAGAUAACAGAUCUGGAGAACGGUGGACUAUGUGACAUCCGAUCCUUUGAUUGUCGCAACGUCCGAGUCUUUGGCCUCGGCUUCAUUGACUCUCCGGACCUCAGCUGUCACGCCACUAGACUGAAGUACAUGAACGGGGUUUGGGUUGCAGGGGAAAAACAGAGAACAAAAGCCACCUUCCUCAGCUCCAAAGCUUUAGACUGUGCCGUCCCAUCCUUGAGCAACACCGCCGUCAAUACAGAGGAUUUCAUGAUGGAUGACAAACCAUACGCACGCUGGGAGAUUAAGGUGACCAAUGAUGGCUCCCAGUACAGCCAGGCCAAGGUUCUGACAAUCUACGACGGUGUUUGCCAGGUCUGCGAGGCCUCGCGCUCAGGACUCUGUAAGUUAAAGGAGCGGACGUGUAACAUCGAUGGGAUGUGUUUUGCAGAGGGAGACUCCAAUCCCAGCAGCCCCUGCCUCCUCUGUGACCCGGACACCUCCCAGUUCACCUGGUCUGUGAACCAAGUCAACGUGCCCCCGGCCUUCCACCGGCCUCAGAGCAACCUGCGAACAUUUGCCGGGGAGAACUUCGUCUUCCAGUUUGCGGCAUCGGACCCCGAAGGCUCGGCGCUCCUCUUCCAACUGGAGGAGGGUCCGGGGGGCGCUGUUCUCUCCCCCGCCGGUCUCCUUAUCUGGAGGGUCCCGGUGCUUCCGGAGGAGAGGGGGCGUCACUCGAGACGCUCGUUCCGCUUCACGUUGUCCGACGAGUGCAACGCCCAGAGCACCUUCACUGUGGAGAUUGAUGUGGUGCCGUGUGGCUGUCAAAAUGGAGGCACGUGUGUGACCGAUGUCAACUUCCCCGCCGGCAGCGGGAAAUACCUGUGUGUGUGCCCUGAGGGGAAACAGGGAGAGCGCUGCGCUGAGGACGUGGACGAGUGUUUGUCGGCUCCGUGCACCGUCGGCAAGUGCGUCAACACAGCCAGCGGGUACAGAUGCGAGUGUCCUGCAGGGCUGAGAGGUAUCACAUGCCUGGAAGACAUCAACGAGUGUGAGAGAAAACCCUGUUUCCCAGGAGUCCAGUGCUUCAAUAGCUUUGGCUCCUAUGGCUGCGGCCCCUGCCCCAAAGGCAUGGUGGGAAAUGGGACGAAAUGCACGGCAGUCCUCAGGCCGGCCACCAUCACUCCCACAUCUGCUCCUCGUACAACAGUCUACAAGAUACCAGAUGUUCCGCUGCAACCUCCCAAAAUAAAGACAGACACUUUCCAGAAGACCUCGAGUGGUAGCUCCCAACGGACGAGGGCUGAGGCGGGGAGGACGAUUCCAAGAAUUGACCCGGGCCGAUCACAAGCUAAGACCACCGCUUGGAGAAAGACUCCGGGAAUUAGCCCGAAUCCAACCCGGACUAAGGUGGAAACCAAUGAGAGCGUCACAGCGAUUGCAUCAACCGUCUCCCAAACAACGACAGAUGCUUUGAGAAAAACCCAAGGAAUUAACCUCAGUCCAUCCAGCAACAACACAAACACUAUGAAGAACAGCUCAGGAAUGACAUCAGACCAAGUCAAGCCUGAUCAGCCCAAAAUCAGCAACACUAUUAUCAAGACACCGACAGCAGCAGGAAAUGGCAGACCAGCUGCAGGAUCGGUUCAGAUUCCGGCCGCCAACGCGGCGGCUACGUGUGCCAGCAGGCCCUGCUUCCCCGGGGUUCAGUGCAUCAACCGCAGGCCGCCACACGUCGGCUACGUCUGCGGCCGCUGCCCGCCCGGCCUUUACGGCAAUGGACGUGUCUGUAUGAAGAACGCCAAAGCGGCAUCCAAUCACCUCCCUCAGCAGCAGACAGUCAGCAAGACCAGCCGAUCCCCGCAUGGAGGUGGCAGCAAAGUCUCCCAGCUCCACCUGCCCAACCUGCCCAGCAGACACGCCAUCAAACACCUGUCCUUGUCUGUCACCAGACCCAAUCAAGAUAAUGCACCACGCCAGGUUCCCACAUCAGGCAGGGGAGGUGGUACUGGCAGGAGAGAGGCGGUCACUGCUUCCAGAGUUGUUACAAAAACAUUAGUGAACCCCCUGCAUGUCACUGCGAACACUCACAUCAUCCACCAAAGCACCAACUCUAGAGCAGACGCCAGGACACACGCGAGAACUAGCAUCACUGCCUCCAGAGAGUUUGUCGUCCCCCAUGCGACUGUCUCCAAGCAGUCUGAAGCAGCACUGACGGGUGCCACGCCUCUGAAGGUAACUCCUCCUCCUCCUCCUCGUGAAGUGACACAGUCCAAACAGGCAACCGAGCCUCAGCUCAACCACCUGGCAUCCACCCAGGCCAAACCCUGGACCCCUCCGAGACCUGUCCUCCCACUUACAGCGGCCCUCACCGCUCUGUCCUACUCUCUGUCCGAGUCGGAGUUCUCAGCAGACGGAGACGAGGCUGAGCCUGGGUCAGAAAGCUCAGAGAUGCUGCAGGUGGUCCCGGCGUUGACCUUCACAACACCAGGCAAGACGGUCUACAGCUCCCCGCUACAGAGAGCUACCCCCGUCCAACCAGGUGUUAGGAGUGGUACCACGGCCGACAAACAGGCGACGACCUGCGCCGACCUGCCGUGCUUCCCUGGCGUCCAGUGUGAACCAACCGUGGAUGGGUUCAGCUGUGGGAGGUGUCCCGUAGGAUACACUGGUGACGGACACGCCUGUCGAGCCGUCUGCAGACAUACAUGUGGCAGGAACAUGGUGUGUGCUGCGCCAAACACGUGCCGCUGCAAACCAGGCUACACUGGAUUAGACUGUCAGACAGCCAUCUGUGAUCCAGAGUGUAUGAACGGGGGCGUCUGCAUCGCUCCGGGUGUGUGUCGGUGUCGGAGAGGCUUUCAUGGAGAGACGUGUCAGGAAGCUCUGUGCAGGUCGCCGUGUGAAAACGGAGGCACCUGUGUGGGACUGCAGACUUGCUCCUGUCCUUAUGGGUUUGUCGGACCUCGGUGUGAAACCAUGGUGUGUAGCCGCCACUGUCACAACGGAGGCCAGUGUGUGUCUCCAGAUGAGUGCAGGUGUCUUUCAGGCUGGACUGGACCAUCCUGUGACACUGCUCUCUGCUCUCCCGUCUGUCUGAACGGAGGCUCGUGUGUCCGGCCGAACAUCUGCGAGUGUCCUCAUGGUUUCUACGGAGCACAGUGUCAGAACGCCGUCUGCAGUCCUCCCUGUAAGAAUGGUGGUGUCUGUAUGAGGAACAACAUCUGCUCCUGUCCGCAGGGAUACACCGCGAGGCGCUGCGAGAAAAGUGUGUGCGAGCCCAUGUGUAUGAACGGCGGCAGGUGUGUCGGUCCAGAUGUUUGCGAUUGCCCGUCAGGCUGGCGAGGGAAGAGAUGUGAUAAACCCAGCUGUCUGCAGAAGUGUUUGAAUGGAGGGGAGUGUGUGGGUCCCAACACCUGCCACUGCGCACCGGGGUGGCAAGGCAUGCUGUGCCAGAUCCCCCUCUGUGAACAGAAGUGUCUGUAUGGCAGUCGAUGUGUCCAACCUAAUGUCUGCGCCUGCCGGAGCGGGUACUCAGGUUCUCUUUGCUCCAGGAGGCUCCCUAUCGCCCAAGGUUGAGAUCCACUCAGAACCAGCAAACACCGAUCAGUACAGACAAACCCUUUAGGUCAUCCAGAGCCAUCAGCACAGAGUAUCAUCAAGAGAAAAAACCAGAGGGUCUUAAUUCUCUCCACUGGAUUACACUGCAAAGUUCAAACUCCAGGAAAUCACUCAAAUUCUUUUCAAACCAAGCCCACUAAAGUCUGAGUCCAAAAGUCAGUUUCAUCUCUGUGUGUCCAGCACAGGACCUGGCUCAGCACUUAAACUGGAAACAGAGGGAAAACUACUUUUGUGCUUAUUGCAGUUAUUUCUUGACAAACUGUCCUGCAUCUCUAGCUGCAGCAAGGGUUGUCAGUGUAUAAAUUCCAAUACUGCCAAACUGUUAGAACAUGGUUUUCACAGUUUCCCCUUGCUUCCAGUCUUUGUGCUAAGCUAGGCUAAUGAGACACUGACUUGUUAUUGUACUGACAGACGGAGAUAAAGACUUUAUUAUUUACUUUUGCUACACAUGUAUUCUGCAGACAGGAAAUGGGGGAAACCUGAAUUUCACCAUUUAGUAUUUGGUACACGGUUCUUCCUUCAUCGGUAACAUUGAUCAUUUUGAAUCUGCAGUGGAGGUUGUUCUCUCCUCUAUAACACUUUAUAUUUUUCACUGUAAACGCCAUCCUGUUCAGGUUUUACACUUCAAACCCAAACCUCUGUAUGAGUAUUUAUUUAUUUGGU